GGCGGGGCGAUUGGGGUCACGUGAUGCGGGCGUGCAGGCAGCGCGGGCGCUGCUGGGAAUAGAGCGGGAGGGGCGCGCGCGCGCGCUAGAGGGCGGCGGUUGACGGCGUCACCUCAGAUAUAAUCUUCUGCAAUGAAUAAACGGAAGUUAAAGGAGAGCGGCGGUACAGAUGGGGAAUGCAUCUCGCAGGUGCAAAAAAUGCUACGUGAAAGACUGUGUCACCAUCAUGCUAUGGGAAAAUUGUUUGGGAUGGAUCAGCAGUACAAGCAUCUGCUGGAACUGCUGAAGCAAACUGCAGUUCAUGGAGAAAGUAAUUCUGCCCUCAUUAUUGGACCCCGUGGAUCAGGAAAGACUGCGUUAUUGAAUCGCGUCUUAAAAGAGCUCAGAGAAAUGAAGCAAGUGAAAGAGAACCUCUUGGAAGUUCAUCUGAAUGGGCUUUUGCAGACAAAUGAUAAAGUGGCCUUGAAAGAAAUCACCAGGCAGCUGCACCUGGAAAAUGUGGUUGGGGAUAAAGUUUUUGGCAGUUUUGCAGAAAAUCUUGUGUUUCUCCUUGAAGCUUUAAGGAAAGGAGACAGAACCAGCAGCUGCCCAGUCCUGUUUGUGCUGGAUGAAUUUGACUUGUUUGUGCAUCACAAGAACCAGACGCUUCUGUACAACCUGUUUGAUGUAUCCCAGUCAGCACAGACUCCAGUAACCGUUAUUGGACUCACAUGCAGGCAGGAUAUUCUGGAGCUCUUGGAGAAGAGAGUGAAAUCGAGGUUCUCUCACCGACAGAUCUACUUGAUGAAUUCCUUUACUUUUAAGCAGUACAUUAGGAUAUUCAAGGAGCAGCUUUCUCUUCCUGCUGACUUUCCUGACAAGGCUUUUGCACAGAAAUGGAAUAGCAACGUUCAGCUUCUAUCAGAAGACAAAGCUGUUCAAGAUGUACUGCAGAACCUCUUUCGCUACAGCAAAGACCUGCGUUCGCUCCAUUUCCUGCUGAUGCUUGCUCUAAGUAAUGUUACUGUUCGUCACACUCUUAUCACCGCAUCAGAUCUUCAGGAGGCAAGCAAGCAGUACAGGAUGGACUCGAAAGCAAAUAUUGUCCAUGGUUUGUCUGUCCUGGAAAUCUGCCUAAUUAUAGCUAUGAAACACUUAAAUGAGGUUUAUGAAGGAGAGCCAUUUAACUUCCAGAUGGUUUACAAUGAAUUUCAGAAGUUCAUCCAAAGGAAGGCACACUGCAUGUACAACUUCGAAAAGCCCGUCGUUAUGAAGGCAUUUGAACACUUACUGCAGCUGGAAUUAGUGAAGCCCAUAGAGAGGCCGUCGGUGCGUUCUCAGCGAGAGUACCUCUUAAUGGAGCUGCUUUUGGACAACAACCAAAUCAUGGAUGCUUUGCAGGCGUAUCCCAACUGCCCCACAGACGUCAAGCAGUGGGCAGCGUCGUCGCUGAGUUGGUUGUGAACGUCUGGAACCUCACAGCACACUGCAUCAGGACAUGUGGAGGUAACUGCAGUCUCUGCGGGAUGUCACACCCCCAAUCCGGGGGUCAGAUGAAUAAAUUUUUGCAAGGAGGUUU